CACCCCAUAGGGAACACCAGCUACAUGAUCAGUGAUGGUACCACUACACGUUAACGAUACCCCCCGCCCUCCUCAUAGCCCACAGACGUCACUCGAGUUUUUUAAAUUUCAAUGAAGUAAUAUUACCCUCCUAUAUUGACCGCCAACCCACGCCACAAGGCCAGAGGGCCCCGCCCCUCCCCCUAUCGCGUGCGACCCCCUCUGGCAAGCAGUUCAAGUAUGCCUAAAGUACUUGACCUUUGUACGUUGGAGCUCUCUUUAUAUCUCAUUUCCAUAUUUCAUUGAAAUUUGAAUAAAUAUUCAAUACAAAUAAAAUGGCUCAUCUUCGAAGACUCGCAUCGCUUUCCACGAGAAGAUCUUUGAGGAAAUCCUUGUCAAGUUACUUGUAUUCGUCUUCGACAAAACUUCAAAACAACGUCGCUUUAUGUGGUACCACUUAUCGUCAUGUUAGUUCGAGUGGAGCAAAAUUACAGCCGGACACAGCAUCAAUCACAUUUCACGAUCGAGAUGGCGACAAGAAAACAGUUUCAGCCAAAUAUGGAGAUUCACUUCUUGAUGUUGCAAAGAAUAAUGAUAUUGAUUUGGAAGGUGCUUGUGAAGGAACUCUGAGCUGUUCAACUUGUCAUCUUAUAUUUGAUCCGGACGAAUUUGCCAAGUUGGAUCUACCUGAACCAGAUGAUGAAGAACUAGAUAUGCUUGAUCUGGCCUAUGGUUUGACACCAACGUAAGAGAUGAUCCUUACUGGACCUC